AUGACAUAUAAACAAGAGCACAGUCACAUAGAUAGCGUAAGCAAGGUUUCAAAAUUAUCCAAAAUGCCAGGCCUUACCAUCGGAGACACUAUUCCUGACCUUGAUCUUGAAACUACGCACGGCAGAAUCAAGCUUCAUCCGUUCUGUGCUGGUGGCUGGACCACCCUUUUCUCUCACCCAGGUGAUUUUACACCUGUUUGUACCACUGAGCUUGGCAAGAUGGCUCAGUAUUCUAAAGAGUUUUAUCAACGAGGAGUGAAGCUAUUGGGUUUGUCCUGUGAUGAUCUGGAAUCUCACAAAGAGUGGAUCAAAGACAUUGAAGCACACACUCCAGAUGCGAAGGUGGAUUAUCCAAUCAUUGCUGAUUCCAAGAGAGAAAUCAUCAAGCAACUCAACAUGGUUGACCCUGAUGAGAAAGAUUCAUGUGGCAACCUACCCUCCAGGGCUCUUCAUAUUGUGGGUCCAGAUCUGAAGAUCAAGUUGAGUUUUCUGUAUCCUGCCACUACUGGGAGGAACAUGGAUGAGGUGCUGAGGGUGAUAGAGUCAUUGCAGAAGGCCUCACAAUUCAAGGUUGCAACCCCAGCAAACUGGAAGCCAGGGGACCCUGUUGUGAUUUCUCCUGGGGUCACCAAUGAGCAAGCUAAGGAAAUGUUCCCUCAAGGUUUCGAAACUGCUGAUCUCCCAUCAAAGAAGGAAUAUCUGCGUUUCACCAAAGUUUGA